GAUUGCAAAGCUGCGGAGCUCAACUCAGGAGCCGGGCGCGCUGGGGCUGAGCGUGCGACGUGCUAUAACCGGGAUGCACGCCUGUCUGCGUUCCCCGCUCCCGGGCCUGGGCGCUAAGCGACCCCAUGGCAGGUAGCGGUGGCCUGGGCGGCGGGGCCAGGGACCUCCAGGGCUCCGGGACGGGCCAGGGGACUGCACUGCGUGUUCCCCGUGCUCCGCUGGCGCUCGUAGUUCUAGUGCUAAGCGCCUACUGUCUCUUCGCCCUCCCUGGCCGCUGUCCACCUGCCGCCCGCGCCCCUGCUCCGGUCCCCGCACCCGCCGAGCCGCCCCACGCCUCCCACCGUCUGGAAGCACCCGGCCUGCCGGUGGCCAGUGGCCCCGGGCGCCGGCGCUUCCCACAGGCGCUCAUCGUGGGUGUGAAGAAAGGCGGCACGCGCGCGUUGCUGGAGUUCCUGCGGUUGCACCCCGACGUCCGUGCACUUGGCUUUGAACCCCACUUCUUCGACAGGUGCUAUGAUCGCGGCCUCGCCUGGUACCGGGGCCUGAUGCCACGUACCCUGGAUGGGCAGAUCACCAUGGAGAAGACCCCCAGCUACUUUGUGACUCAGGAGGCUCCCCGCCGAAUCCACGGCAUGUCCCCAGAUACCAAGCUGAUUGUGGUGGUGCGAAACCCUGUGACCCGGGCCAUCUCUGAUUAUGCACAGACACUCUCCAAGACCCCAGGCUUGCCUAGCUUCCAUGCCCUGGCCUUCCGCCACGGCCUGGGUCUCGUGGACACAGCCUGGAGUGCCGUGCGCAUUGGCCUCUAUGCUCAGCACUUGGACAACUGGCUACGCUACUUCCCUCUGUCCCACUUCCUGUUUGUAAGCGGUGAGCGCCUGGUCAGUGAUCCAGCUGGCGAAGUGGGCCGUGUACAGGACUUUCUGGGUCUCAAACGGGUUGUCACUGAUAAACAUUUCUACUUCAAUGCUACCAAGGGUUUCCCCUGCCUCAAAAAGACCCAGGGUAGUGGGCGCCCCCGAUGCUUGGGUAAAUCCAAGGGCCGGCCUCACCCGCGAGUGCCAGAGGGUGUGGUUCGGCGCCUGCAGGCUUUCUACCGGCCAUUCAACCGCAAGUUCUACCAGAUGACUGGACAGGACUUUGGCUGGGACUAAUCAAAGGCCCAGCUCAGCCUUUCCCUGGAUGCCCAGUACCUUUAAUUUAUGUCUGUCUGCCUGGUAUUUAGGAAAUAAAGCCUGGAUUUGUCUUCUUCCA